UCCUGCAACACACACUAUGCCGCCUGCGUUUGACCCACCUUAUUCUGUACCAGCUCCAGGAUCUGAAAAGAAAGAGGGUGAAACUGUACCUUUUCGUCACUUCAAAUUUGCAGACAAACUGGUUGAUCAUCCAGAAGGAGUCUUUACCGCUUGGGAUAUCUUUGUCCAUGGCUAUGAUUCAGCGGGUGAUAAACCUUUCAUGGGCACACGUCGGAUAGAAAAUGGCGUAGCAAAGGAAUAUGUCUGGCAGAAUUAUCCAGAAGUUCGCACGCGUAUUGAGAAUUUCGGAAAGGGUAUGCUGCAGCUUGGCUUAAAACGUCAACAUGCCAUUGGCAUUUAUUCUGUCAAUAGACCAGAAUGGACUAUGACCGAAAUUGCAUCUUACAGACAAGCAUUUAUGAUUGUUGCACUUUACGACACAUUAGGUGCCGAAGCAAUGGAAUACAUUAUUAACCAGACAAGUAUGGAAUAUAUUGUCUUGAGUGCCGACAAAUUGGAUAACAUCAUCAGAUUAAAGUCUCAAAUCGCUACCAUCAGUACAGCCAUCAUCAUGGAUGAUGAAGUAGACGCUGCAAAGAAAGCUGAGGCCGAAGCUGCAGGUAUCAAGGUGUACACUUUCCGAGAAGUCGAAACGAUGGGUUCCGAGGUUACAUCAGAAUCAGAUUUGCCCAAGCCAGAGGAUAUUGCUACCAUUUGCUACACUAGCGGAACAACCGGUGUUCCUAAAGGCGCUGUUAUAACUCAGGCUAAUUGUGUAGCAGCCAUCUCAGCCAUUGCAGCUCUAGGUGACAAAGGCACAUUUGCUGAUGUCAAUUCAGAUGAUAUCUAUAUCUCAUAUCUCCCUCUUGCUCAUGUAUUCGAACGUGUUGCACAAGGCAUUCAUUUGUUCAGAGGAGCAGCCAUCGGUUACUACCAGGGAGAUACACUUAAACUAUUAGAUGACAUUGCAGAAUUGAGACCCACCGUCUUUUGCUCAGUGCCUCGACUCUUCAACCGUAUCUAUGACAAAGUACUGGCUGGCGUUAAAGCAAAGGGAGGCGUUUCAGCUUACUUGUUUAAUACAGCCUUCCAAUCCAAGAAAAGGCAUCUCUCAAAGACAGUUUAUCACUGGCUUUGGGACCGUGUCGUCUUUACACAGAUUCGACAAAAAUUGGGUGGUAGACUUCGUUUUAUUCUGAGUGGAUCUGCUCCUGUCUCACCUGAUGUGAUGGAUUUCAUGCGAAUUUGUUUUUCAGCCAAGGUGUUUGAAGGAUAUGGACAAACAGAAAACUUUUGUGGUGGAGCAUUGACCAUUACGGAUGAUAAUACAUCAGGUGUUGUUGGUGCACCUUUCCCUUGUUCAGAAAUUAAGUUGGUUGAUGUGCCUGAAAUGGAAUAUUUCUCAACAGACAAACCUUUUCCUCGUGGUGAAAUCUGUAUUCGAGGUACCUCCAUCAUGCAAGGAUACUAUCAAUUACCCGAAAAGACUGCCGAAGCAAUUGAUAAGGAUGGUUGGUUGCAUACAGGAGAUAUCGGUCAAUUCGAUUCUGCCAAUCGCUUAGUAAUCAUUGACCGUCUAAAGAACAUCUUCAAGCUAUCUCAGGGAGAAUACAUUGCACCUGAAAAGAUCGAAGGUGUUUACCAAAAGCACGAAUUGGUUGCACAGGCCUUUGUCUAUGGUGACUCUAUGCAGUCUUCAUUAGUAGGCAUCAUUGUACCUGAUAAAGACGCAUUCUCUGCUUGGGCCAAAGAACAUUUCCCUACAGUUGAGGACCCUUAUGCAUCCGAUGAAGUGAAAAAGGCAUUGCUGAAGGAGUUAACAGCAUACGGUAAAGAAAAUGACCUUAAGGGAUUCGAACAGAUCAGAAGUGUCUACCUUACACCCAACGAAUUCUCGAUUGAAAAUGAUCUCUUGACACCCACUUUCAAGUUGAGACGUGAAAAUGCAAAGAAAGUGUAUGAAUCACAAAUUGAAAUUAUGUACGCCUCUUUGUCAAAUGGUAGAGCCUUUAACUAACCUCUCCUAUAUAUACAUACCACAUUUAAUAAACCUGAUCAAUUAUUUAUACAUGUAAACUGAUUCUCUCAUCAUCAGCUGAUGUUUUCUAUAGUCAUCAAGUCAUCAGGCUUAAGAAAAAAAAAAAAGCAUUAUCAGAUGAUUCU